AUGCAAUCACAAAUAGAGAAGAAGAAAAAGAAACAUCCCAAAGAAAAACUCGUGGGAAAAACUUUGUGCAAAAAGAUUCAUGCAAGAACUUUGGAAGAGCGAGUAGAAGUGACCUUUAAUGAGGAUUUUCAGCCAAUUGGUCCUAGUGAAAAAGAAUGCCAGAUGAUAAUAAAAAACCGUUUCUGGAGAUAUACUAAUCGGAAGUUUAUCUUGCGGUUGAAGCACGAGAUUGGAUUGAGACCACUUAAGGAAACUAUACAAGAAAUCAGUGAAAAUAACACUAGAAAUAGAGCUCAACUAAAGUGGAUGCAUCCAAUGGGUCCCAAAAACUUUGCUUUGACUCGUGAAAAAGUGCGUGAAAAGGAAAAAAGAGAGCCCACUCAAUCAAAAAUGUUUGUUGAAACUCGAAAAGGAAAUAAAGGAAAGGAACUGGAUGUAGAAACUGGAAAAGUAAUUGUAUGUAACAUUGUUUAUAUAAUACGUUUGCUUAAUAUAAUCGGCCAACAUUGUCUAUAA